CAGUCUCUCGGGCGGAAUCAGCCUAUCCCUACGGGGAAACGUAAGGGCGACUUUUGCCCUCAACCAAAAUGGAAGGCGCGUCGGUAGUAGCACGCAUGAGCCCGGCGCUCCCCCCGAGUCACGUGACAGCCCUGCCAGCCCCGGCCCAGGUGCACUGUGUGCGCCGCCCGGAGCCAAAUUAAAGGAGAACCCUGCCUCCCCUCUCUGUCCCCCGGUCGCGGUGGCAGCGGGAAGGGGAUGCCCCCAUGUCGCAAGUGUCGGGCUCCCCCGCUGCCCCGGCGGCCGGCGGGAAGGAGAAGAAGGCUUCCCUGGGGAAGAAGCUGUUCUGGCGGCGCGGCGGAUUGGUGAGCCGCUUCCUACGGACCCUCAGCGCUUUAUCCCACCUGAAUAGCGAGCAUGAUCAUGCCGAGCCCUCCCGCGAUAAAGCCGGCUCCCCUGCCCGGGCGGAACCGCCCUCAGCGCUCCUCCUACAGCAGCAGCAGCAGCAGCAGAAUGAGCGCAGCCGGCCCCCCAGCCCCCGGGUCCCCGGCCUUUCGGGCCUCAAGAACCACGGUAACACCUGCUUCAUGAACGCCGUGCUGCAGUGUCUCAGCAACACCGACCUGUUCGCAGAGUUCCUGGGCCUGGAGCAGUACAAGGAGGCCCCGGAGAGCCCGCUAGCCAGCCCCGGCGGAACCCACGAUCGGGGGGAGGUGACGGAACAGCUGGCCAAGCUACUGCGCUCCCUAUGGACCCUGGAGUACACCCCGCAGCACAGCAGGGAAUUCAAGGCAAUCGUGUCCAGGAACGCUCUUCAGUAUCGAGGUACCUCCCAGCACGAUGCACAAGAGUUUCUUCUGUGGCUGCUAGACCGCGUGCACGAGGACCUGAAUGUAGUGGUCAAACACAAACCUCGACCUCCUCUGGAAGAGGAUCUGACAGGAGAAGGCCCUACGUUCCCAUCCAGUGGGACCUUUGUUCAAGAGCUUUUCCAAGCUCAGUACAGGUCUUCCUUGACAUGCCCUCAUUGUCAGAAACAGAGUAACACCUUUGACCCUUUCCUCUGCAUUUCUCUGCCCAUCCCCUUGCCCCACACACGACCUUUGUAUGUGACGGUGGUUUACCAGGGGAAGUGUUCCCACUGCAUGCGUAUUGGCGUUGGCAUACCUUUAUCAGGCAAUGUGGGGAGGUUAAGGGAAGCCAUAUCCCAGGAAACCAAGAUUCCAUUCGAUCAGAUAGUAAUCACUGAAAUGUAUUUUGAUGGGUUCCACCGCUCGUUCUUUGACACAGAUGAUUUAGACACCAUCCACGAAAGUGACUGCUUAUUUGCCUUUGAGACUCCAGAAACUUUCCCAUCGGAAGGAAUUUUGAGCCAGAGAGCAAUCUGUGUAAAUAACAACCAAAACUACGUGAGGCAUGGGACAGAUCAGCACAGGCUUUACUCCUCUGGCUCAGUGCGGAAUCCAGUAAAUCGCUGCUCUACCAGUGACCGAAUUGUGCUGCUGGUGUGUAACAGAGCCUACAGUGGGCAGCAUGGCAAGAGAUUUGGGCAGCCAUUUGUUUUGCACCUUGAGAGGAAUAUCACAUGGGACAUACUUCAAAAGGAGAUCCUGGAAAAGAUGCAGUAUUAUCUGCGCCCUACAGCUUGUGUUCAGGUUUGCCCGUUCAGCCUCCGCGUGGUUACUGCUGUAGGGAUUACAUACCUCUUACCUCAGGAAGAAAAACCUCUGUGUCACCCCACGGUGGAAAGGGCUUUAAAAUCCUGUGGUCCCGGUGGAGCAGCCCAUGUGAAGUUGGUGGUGGAAUGGGACAGAGAAACUAAAGAAUAUCUUUUUGGUAGCACAGAGGAAGAAUAUGUGCCAGAUGCUGAGAGUGUGCGGCUGCAGCGCGAGAUACAUCACCAGCCUCAGUGUUGCACUCUUGCCCAGUGCUUUCAUCUGUACACCAAAGAGGAGCAGCUGGCUCCUGGUAAUGCCUGGCGCUGCCCUCACUGUAAGCAGCUUCAACAGGGCAGCAUUAAACUCAGCCUGUGGACCCUGCCCGAUGUGCUUAUCCUGCAUCUGAAGAGAUUCCGACAGGAUGGUGAUCGGAGAUUAAAACUGCAGAAUAUGGUCCGUUUCCCGCUCACUGGACUGGAUAUGACACCCCAUGUUGUAAAGCGCAGUCAGAGUUCCUGGAGCCUCCCUUCUCAUUGGUCUCCAUGGAGGCGGCCUUAUAGCUUGGGCCGUGACCCAGAAGAUUUCAUUUAUGAUCUGUACGCAGUGUGUAAUCACCAUGGGACAAUGCAAGGGGGACACUAUACAGCUUACUGUAAGAACUCUGUAGAUGGGUUGUGGUAUUGCUUUGAUGACAGUGAUGUUCAGCCCUUGCCUGAGGAUGAUGUGUGCGCUCCGACUGCUUACAUCCUGUUCUAUCAGCGACGGGCAGCGGUCCCAUCAUGGUCAGCAAACAGCUCUGUUGCAGGUUCUACCAGCUCGUCCCUUUGUGAUCACUGGAUUUCUCGUCUCCCCGGGAGCAAGCAGCCCAGUAUUGCUUCUGCGGCUUCGUCUAGGCGCACGUCUCUUGCAUCAUUGGCAGAAUCCGUAGAACUGACAGGGGAGCGAAGCGAGGAUGAUGGUGGCUUUUCCUCACGCCCGUUUGUUCGCAGUGUGCAGAGGCAGAGCAUGUCUUCUCGUUCCUCUGUUACUAGCCCUCUCGUUGCCAAUGAGAAUGGAUUCCGGCCAUCUUGGUCCCUGUCAGCAAAACUUCAUCUAAGGGCAGCCACUUCCUGCCGUCAUCCCUCUGACUCUCCCAUCCUUGGAUCGGCCCUCAGCAAGAUCGGAGAAGCAGAUGACAGUGUGUCAACCUCUUGCUUUGGAAGCCUCCGAAAUCUGUCCGGCAGUUUCCACGAUCACAUUGACGGUGGAAGACGAGAGAAUCGAGCAUCUUCUCGUGCACCACUUGCUGUAGCAGAAGGCGGAUCACCUGCAGAGCCAGUUCCUAAAAAAUCCACUCCUAUUGAAUCUUUUGGCAAGAGUGCAGCAGAGCUUGUGGGCCGGAACCCACUGCUGGAUCCUCUGGACAAUAAUAAUCAUAUUGCCUUUGUGGAUCAGAGUGAUUCUCUCAGCUCCUCCCCAGUUAGGGAGAGCCCCCAGAGCGAUGAAAUGCUAGGUAAAAAUACUAUAGCCAAUAAGAUAACAGAACAAGAAAAAGCACCGCGGGAAACUGAGAAGGAGCAGUCUACUCCAGCCAUGGCGACAUGCGUUACUAAUGGAAAGCAUGCGCCUAAGAGCAAAAAAAGUGAAGUAAAAACUCCUGUACGUCGUGCAUCAACACAGCACCGGAAGGAGACGGGGAGGGCACAGGACUCUCCUGUAUCUGCUUCUCAGCAAAGGCAAAAGUCUAUAAGUUCCACGAAUAGUAACUCCCCAGCCCCUAAAAAACCAACCCCAUCUACCAGAACUUCUUCAGCAGCCUCCACUUCAAGUAAACAUCGGGUACCCGAAAAGACUCUUAGCCGAGAAGGGUCCAAAGUAAGCCUGGGCUCAGACAAAGCCUGUGCAUCAAAAGCCAGUAGCACUUCUCAGCCUGCACCUCCCAAGCCAAGUGAGGCUGCUGCAGAUAGCCGAACGGUUCGAAGUUCUUCUAUGGCCAGCCUCCGCAACCCUCAAAGUGGGACCCGAUCCAGUCUAAAGAGGGACAGCAAAUCUGAGGAAAAAGGACUGAGCUUCUUUAAGUCCGCUUUGAGGCAGAAGGAGAGCAGGCGAUCAGCAGAUUUGGGUAAAACGAGCCUUUUAUCAAAGAAGGCCACAGGAACAAAAAGCUCAGGCCAGGAGAAGCCAGAGGUGGCCCCAUCCCCAAAGUCCACCGAGGUGGCUCCAAGUCCAAAAAAACAUUCUGCCUUACCUGCACAUAAAACAAAGUCUUCCCCAGACGAAAGAGCAGUUCAGCCAUCUCCCUCUGGGAAAAAGACUGCUGAGAAGUAUCUCAAGCGGUUUCCUUCAACGGCAAAGCCAUCUCCCAAGGCUCAGUGACCAUGGGUGCAGGGGCAGCUUGUGGGGGGCACAAGGAAUGCAAAAGGGCUGUCCCUGCUAAUAGUGGUUUAUUGGAAUGUACACACUUUCAGUUCUCAGCCUUUUUGUACCUUUGGGGAGUGGGGGCUAUUCUCCUUGUUAUUCUCUAACCUUAUACUAGCUGCAUGAACGUAAUACUGUUGAUGCAGUAAACAGCAAAUCUGCUGGCUGGAGAGGGCCGCACAGGUCACACCAGCAGAUAAAUCUGUUGUCCAGCAGAUACUGCAAACGCUCCAACGCCUCUGUGAGAAAGGGGAACAAUAGCUCUCAUGAGAACGGGGGAACCACCGUCUCUCGUCUACUUAAAUUGCUGCUUUUAUCUUCAUUAACUUCCUUACCAAAGCCCACCCGUGUGUCUGGUAGAUAAGAAUGUCAGGAUGAGGGUUGCUUCCCUUGGCUCCAAUGGAGGGGACAUACGGAAGUCAUUUUCUGGGGUAGAAAGAAAGAAGCUGCUUAAUACACAGCCUUGGAGGCUAUUGAAACAUCGCAAUACAUUUCCAUCUCGUAUCUAUGUGGCAAAGCACUUCCCAGCCAAGAAAAUCUCAUAACAUUUCAUCUGAAAGAAACUGAAGUAUCAGUGGGGAUAGGCCUAUGUUUGUGCCAAGCCAAUUUCUCAUUGUAAUUUACUACUAAGGGAUUCCUGCCAUAUAAGAGGUGCUGGCCCUUGUUCUAUGAGUUAAUAACCAUCCUGGCCUAUGUCCCCGACCUAACUUCUUUGUUCGUAAGAUGAUGGGUAUUCCUAGGUGGCACAUUUAGCUUCUCUGGUUCUGGUGUGGCAGGCAGUCUGUAAUUGCUUCCUUAUCUGUCCAUAUGAUUGUGUCUCUCUUCGCGAGACUCAAGAAUGCUCAACGAUCAAAUUACUAACCAGUCACACUUAGCAAUGGACACAAACCUCUGUGGAACGCACAAUGAUAAGCGCAGCACAUCACAUGCAGAUAAGAGGAUACAUUGUCCCUUAUUUUAGCACACGCUUUAAAGCAGUUAGGUGCUUAACCUUUCAACAUGGCAGUCUAUUUAUUACCAGGACAUUGUUAAUUGCCUGCUUCCUGGCAUUGACAUUAUAAUAUCCAUCCUUUCCACUGCAGUCGUAUUAAAAAACGAUAGGCAUUAUAUCCUACCAUUCCAUGUGUCAUUAACAUCGAAAUCAUAAUAUGCUCUUUAUUGGCUUUGAAGACAUUUUAAAUCAUAUCUGUCCUAUAAGACUUAAUGACUCUUUAUAAUGGCAAGACUGGUAAGAUACAUCGAGCGGUCUAUAGGAUUAUGUGGUUAGUGCUCGAUGCUGUGCGCUUGCGUUGUUUAGAUUUAUUCGUAUCUCCAAUGACUAGUUUAUAUAUUUAAUUUUUAAGAAGUUAACAUUCCAAGACAAUUUUCAUUCUCUCCCAGACCUUUAAUGAAACUACUCAGCUUGCAGUAUGCAUGCUUAAAACAAAAAAGGCAUUAUUUUGGCAUGACAACUGCCUACCAACAAGUGGCCAAUUUAAACAACUUGAAAGGUGUUGGGUACGUCUCAUAGUUUUUUUAAAUUAACCCUAAGGUUACACUUUUGUUUUUUUAAAGGGAAGAUAUAAACAAAACACUAAUGUUCUGGUUUAGACAAGAGCAAAUCUGUGUAUAUAGCCUAGGAAUAUAUAUAUUUUUUAUGUAAUUAGUUUUAGAAACUGCUGUUUACUCAUUUGUCGUGACGUUCACACGGCUAGUUUGUUUUCUGCUUUCUGUUGCAGAUUUCAUGGCAAAAGCCCUGUGUUCACUUGAGCGCUGGGGAGGUACGCGGCACAGUUCCCUCUUGCUCUCAAAAAGUCAAAUCACUUUUGAGAAGUAAGCAGAUGAAUGAGUUGGCUCCCAUAUUUGCUGGCAGCACGACUGAACUUACCCUUAUUCCACCCCUGUGCCCCGGCUAGCAAGUUUUGCAUGGCAAGUUAUUAAUGUAAUGCGCACGCACUUGUGACUAUGCAAGCAACUGAUAGGAAUCACUUUGGUGCUCUUAUGCUUAGCUAAUGUUGUACAAUAGUUUGAUGUUCUUCUUGAUUUAUAUAUAUAUAUAUAUAUAUAUAUAUAUAUAUAUAUAUAUAUAUAUAUAUAUAUAUAUAUAUAUAAUAUCUCCAAAGGUGGGGAAAAUUCCGGCUGAAUUAGGGCUUUUAUCUUAAGUGGUUUUCGAUUGGAUGAUCGCUAAGUAUUUCUAUAUAGGGGUGCACUGAAUCCACUAUUUUAAGAUCAGGCCGAAUCCUUUAAAAAAGAUUCAGCUGAAUACAGAACCGAAUCCCAACCCUAGUAUGCGAAAUUAGGACAAGGAGGGGUGAAAGAAAAUUUUUUUACAAAUAUUCAACUUGUUUAUGUGACAAAGCCAUGGGAUUUUAAGAAUUCGGUUUGGCCAGAGGCAUGGAUUCAGCCGAAUCUGGAUUCUUCUAAAAAAGGCCCAAUCCCAAACUGAAUCCUGGAUUCAGUGCAUUCUUACUAUAUAACACUGAUAGAGAAGCUUUCAGCUGUCCUUUCCAAACACUAACUCUAAGUGGAGAGCCUGCUGGUUUUGUUUUGUACCUAUAUGUGGGCACUUUGUUGCACUUUAAAUGUAGAUGAGAAAGCAGUCCUGAAAUAUUAUGGUCUUCUAAUGCAAGUAUGGUGUUGUGAAGCCUCAUUAGAUAGCCAGCACCUGUUAUCCUUUCCAUGUUGCCAUGUUUACCCAGACAUUCUGCUUCCACUGAGAGGCUAUUGCUUUAGUUCUGUGGCUUCCAAACCUGUAGCAGGGGGAUAGUAUACAAUUGAUUGUACAGUAGGUUUUCUGGCUUUUCUGUGGUUGGUGCUCUGCCAGCCAUAGCUUUUUACUCAAGUUAUACUUUUUGGGUUUAGGUUCCUUCUAUCUAUAAUUAGGUGGCCCUGAUGCCCCCAAUCAAUAACGUAGCUCAGGAUGGAAUUGCUGCCAUGUCCUGUCAGAUGCCUUUUCUGCAUCACCCCCUUGUUAGUCCACUGUUUCUCUUCAGCGUAUUGGUUUCCUAGAUCUGAGAGAAAUGUUACGCUGAUCUCCAAGCUUUCAGCCGCUGUGGAAUAAGCUGAUGUUUUAAUGCCGUGGAUCAAAUUGUUUCAGUCUGCCUCUCUCUGACCUGUAUAAACCUGGGGCUGGGUUCUAAAGCAGAUCAGUUCAAUGGAUUUUCUCAGGUGAUGAUCUCAAUGUUUCCAAAUACCUCAAGGUCGUGCUCGGGCUGAGCAACAAAAGCAUCACAUCCAUCUCUUGUUUCGUUGUGGGACGGAACUCAAUACGGCGAGAAAAAAAAAUGUAUAGAAAUAAUUAGUGCUGCUUUCUCUAACAGUCUUACACUACAAUGUCUGAUCUGCCAAGUAUAUCUGUGCACGAAAUGGAAUUUUCCAUUAUUUCUCAACACUAAAUGAUGUAAAACUGCAGAAAUAAUGACCGGGAUUGCUACAAAUUUGAUAUAUUCCAUGAUUAGUUUUGGAAAUAUGUAUGGAAGUGGUUUCCAUUCUAGGGCUGGGUUCACCACUCAACACGUCUAGAGUUUUUCUGACCGUAGAAUGAAAACAGAAUGUAGAAUAUUACAUUUCAUGUCCCUGUUAGUGUUUCAAACGGUUAUCACCUGGAAUAUUCUCAGAAUCUGCCUAAGCAUUCAUUUUCUGACAUUCAUUUUUAUACCCAUGUUCUUCAGCAGAGGGGAAUUACUAGAGUUGAUCUGUAUUUUAAAACUUGGGGAAGCACCGAAUCCACUUUUUUUUUUAAAUUGACUAAAUUCAAACCCUAAUUUGCAUCAUUAAAUUUAAGAAAAAUUUAAUCCAGUUGUCCAGAGCUUUAAAAGCUCAAACCCUAAAAAUUCAUCAGAAUCUUACAAAAAGUGCUCGGAAUUCGACUGAAUUUUGAACCCAAUUGUGGAUUCAGUGCAUCCCUUGUACAAAGCUUCCACCCAUGGCUGCUUGGUUGUCCCCUAGUUUAUGGGCUGUAUAGAUCCACAAAACCUGUAGAUAUAUAUAUUAUAUAUAACCCAACACAACAAAUUCUUAAUCUAAGGGCAAGAAGUUCUUUGGUGUAAGUUAUUUCAGCGGUUUCGGUAUGUGGCUACUGAAGGCUGUUGAGAACUUCCUAACUAAGAUGGCCGUUCAUGUUGUGUUGACUGCAUGACUGCCAGCCAUUAAGUGCCACUUUGUUCACUGCCGUUUUCUUUAACUGUAUCUUAUUAAACAUUUUUCCAAAGGUUGGAAGUUCUGUAAGACCCCUUGUUUGGGGGUGUAGAUAAAGGCUUAUGAGCCCUGGUGCAGAUUUCAUGCUGGAUCAAUGACCACAAUGAUCGCCAUUUUUGUAAUCCUAUCCUCUAUCAAUCUAUACCCCUUAGACCAUGUGCGUUGGAUUUUGACACCUCUCCUUAUUUCUUCUAUGGUGAAAUACCUUAUUGGUGCCCUUAAGUCCCAGGGUCCAGGUGCUAUUUCAGAUUUUGUAGCUGUUCCCCUGGGGCCUAUUUUCUCUGGUUUGUAUCAUAACCAGAACCUAUUCCUCGCUCCAUAUGUAAGUGUAGACCCUAGACUCCAUCUGCUGCUCCUCCUACUCCUUUACUUGACUGCAUGUAGGCUUGUACCAAGCUCCUUCUACAAACUUUGAGAUUCUUGUGGAAUUGUUUAUAAAUAACCUUUUUUUAUUUGACACUACCUGCAUGUUGCGACGGCUGUCCUAGCCUGGCAAACUUUGCUGCUAAAUGGCGUGCAAUGCUUAUGUGCCACGUUCUGGGUUGAUUGCAUUCGAUGAAAGCUUUUGUGCCAGGUCCAUUUUUAGCACCGUAACGCCCCGCACCCAUUGCCUGAGAGACUGUGUGGCAUUGCUGUAUCAAUGAGUCUGUUUAAAUAUGAUCAAAACCACAUCAUGUGUUCAUUUUUCGCUGCGGCGGUUUCAGGAUAAUGCUGGUUGCCAUGCACCUGAAGGCCCAUCGGUUAGGGUACCUGCCUUGCCUUUUACACUGGUCUAUCCCCCCCCAUCCGUAACGUCCCAUGACCUGUGGUGCCCUAAGCUUUUUGCCUUCACACUGCCCAACAUUCGCGGUGUUCUCUGAUGUCCUUGGCCUUUUCAUUGGAUUCAGUUCCUGUACUAUUUUCCUACUCAUGGGUUUGGGGGAAUGUAGUGAGUGUAGAUAAUGUCGAACCAUUGGAGGUUGAGCUCUUUCUCUUUGGGAACACUGGUUCUUACAUGUGUCUGGCCUGGUGCAUGAUGAUGUCAUUGCCUUUUUUUUUUUUUUUUUUAAUUUAUUUUCAUCUUUUAUUUUUCCAGGUGUAUGCACUUUUAAUAUGCAGAAUUUAUAUUUUUUACGUUCAAGAAUGCUUCUCUGUGGGAGACACGUUUGAUAACCUGUAGUUAAAGAUAUUAUAAAGCAAAAAUAAAAGUGCUAAAAACAAAA